UGCAGCAGCUUGUAGCUGGCGGUCAGUGGGUGAAGGAGGACGAGGACGAGGAGGAGCAGGGCAGUCUGCCGAGUCAGCCACCGGACUAGCUGAGAAGUGUGGAGCACAGUGGUUGAGAUUUCAGGGAGACGAGACAGAAAUCGCCUGCCUCGGGACCAAAUAUUGGCCCGGACGAGUUCCGAUAGACACGGCUUCGCUAAACGUGGAUCUCAAAAUGCAUCGAAUAACGGGGAAGGCGGGAGGAGACAGUUUAAUUGAGAUGAGCCCGACGGACUCGUUUAACGAUGAUAUAAAUGGCUAUCACCAACAUGUCCCAUCCAGCACAGGAUCAAUCCAGCAGGGACAAUCACCGUUUCCUUUAACACCUGAUGUGUGUCUAGAGACGUGUGAGUCUCUCAACUCGAGUCUGGCCUCCCUGGCUCCCUCUGACCACAGCGACAGUCCAAAGUUUGAGGAACAGACCUUAGAGCGAAUCAAUACUUUGACUGGGCUGUCGAGAAAGCGGGCUCUGUUCCUGAAGUUUCGUUCCAGGGUUGACAAACAACAGCAGAGUAAAGACUCUGUGUUCUUCCGUGACGGAGAACGCAGGAUUGAUUUUGUCCUGUCCUUUGUUGAUGAAAAAGAUGAUACAAAAAAACAGGAAAGGAGGAAGGUAUAUGAGGCUAAUUUGAUGAAAGUUGGCCUGGAGCUGGAGACAGAAGAUAAAUCGGAAUCAGAGGACGGAAAGACGUAUUUUGUGAAGAUCCACGCGCCAUGGGAAGUGCUGGCCACAUACGCAGACGUGCUGAAGAUCAAGGUUCCAUUCAAGGCCAACGACAUCCCAGAGAACAACGACAUGCCGAUGAACUGGCUGUCUACGCCUUUUCGCCUGCCAGAGCACAUCAUGCACCCAGAGCCGGACUAUUUCACUGCUCCUUUCAGCAAGAGCAAAUCUGACUUCUUUCUUAUCGACAACAAAGACACGUUCUUCCCCCCUUCCACUCGCAACAGGAUAGUCUACUAUAUCCUGUCCCGCUGUUCAUACAUCAAGGAUGAAUGUAUAGAUAAAGACAAGAAGGGAAUUAAGAGGUUGCUUAACAACGGCACCUACACUGCUGCCUUCCCCUUACAUGAUUCUAGAUACUGGAUAAGAUCGAAGGAUGUCAACUGCGAAAGUGAGAGAUACAAUCUCUACAAACACUGGGCCAGAUUCUGCUGCUCCUUCAAGGAGCAGCCCCUCAACCUUGUAAGGAAGUAUUACGGGGAGAAGAUAGGCAUUUAUUUUGCGUGGUUGGGUUUCUACACUGAGAUGCUGAUAUUUGCUGCAAUUGUGGGGACGAUUUGUUUUAUUUACGGAUUCCUCACCUUUGAUGACAACGAGUCAAGUAAAGAAAUAUGUAGUGUGGAAAUCGGAGGCAGUAUUGUCAUGUGCCCGCUGUGUGAUAAGAAGUGUACCUACUGGAAACUCAACACAACAUGCAAUUCCUCUUGGCAAUCACACCUAUUUGACAAUGUGGGAACUGUGUUUUUUGCCAUAUUCAUGGGCAUUUGGGUGACGCUGUUUCUGGAGUUCUGGAAAAGGCGACAGGCCCGUCUUGAGUACGACUGGGAUCUGGUCGACUUUGAGGAGGAGCAACAGCAGCUGCAGCUUCGACCAGAGUACGAGACCAAGUGCAGAAACCGAAAGCUGAACCGCAUCACUCAGGAGCCAGAGUGGGUACUUCACAGGACUGCUACAGAUCUAAUGGGAAAAUUGUUUCUGUGCUGGGCCACCGUGAUCCUCUGGAUCUCAUUGAUCAUUGCCUGCAUCAUUGGGGUCAUAGCGUACCGUUUGGCAGUAUAUGCGUCCUUUGCUAGCAUCAUGAAAGACAGUUCCACAACCAAACUGGAGGUAGUUGGGCCCUACAUCACACCACAGCUGGCCACUUCUGUCACUGCCUCUUGCAUCAACUUUGUCAUCAUCAUGAUCCUCAACCUCAUGUAUGAGAGAGUGGCUAUUUGGAUCACUGAUAUGGAAAUCCCAAAGACCCACCUGGAGUACGAGAACAAACUGACGGUGAAGAUGUUCCUCUUCCAGUUUGUCAACUACUACUCCUCCUGCUUCUACGUGGCUUUCUUUAAGGGCAAAUUUGUUGGCUAUCCUGGAAAAUAUGCUUACAUGUUUGGCACGUGGAGCAACCUGAGGAAUGAAGAGUGCGACCCUGGUGGCUGCCUGAUCGAGCUGACCACCCAGCUGGUGAUCGUGAUGACUGGUAAACAGGUCUGGGGCAACAUCCAGGAAGCUCUGGUCCCGUGGCUGAUGAACUGGUGGGGCAGCAGGAAGGCACGAAAUCACCCAGAGAGUCUGUACAGCCGCUGGGAGCAGGACCACGACCUGCAGGGCUUUGGACAGCUGGGCCUCUUCUAUGAAUACCUGGAAAUGGUGAUCCAGUUUGGUUUCAUCACACUGUUCGUCGCCUCCUUCCCUUUGGCACCUCUGCUGGCACUUAUCAACAACAUCAUUGAAAUCAGAGUAGACGCCUGGAAGCUGACCACUCAGUACAGACGUCCUGUAGCAUCCAAGGCCCACAGCAUAGGAGCCUGGGAGGAAAUCCUCAGCGGAAUUGCUGUACUCUCUGUUGUCACAAAUGCGUUCAUUGUGGCCUUCACCUCUGAUAUGAUCCCUCGGUUAGUGUACAUGUACGCCUACAAUCCGGAGGAUUCGCUGAAUAUGAAAGGUUACAUCAACAACAGCCUGUCAGUGUUUAACAUCUCUGAGAUCCAAGAACCCAACAGGCCAGAAGAGCUCCCUCUCUGGUUCGACAGCUCCAUCACUGAAUGCAGGUAUCGAGAUUACCGCUACCCCCCUGGGCACGAGAAGCGCUACACCCACAAUAUGCAGUUCUGGCAUAUUUUGGCUGCAAAGCUGGCUUUCAUCAUCAUCAUGGAGCAUGUUGUGUUCCUAGUUAAAUUCUUUGUGGCCUGGAUGAUUCCUGACGUUCCCUCAGACGUGAGAGCUAGAGUCAAGAGAGAGCGCUACCUGGUCCAGGAGCAUCUCCACAACUACGAGGUGGAGAAGCUGAAGAUCCAGCUCAGCCAACAUGGCAACGAUGAGUGCACCUGCACGCCCAUGAUCUAUCCGUCGCUGCCCACACACGAGGUGCUGUCAGAGUGCCUCUAGCAGAGCGAGCUGCUGGUCAAUCAGUAGCACACGGUGAUGUAAAUUUCCCUGCUUGCAUAUUCCGACACUGACCGUGACUUUGCUGUAUCGCCUCAGUUGUUUGUUCAGUACAGACGACUUUAAUUAAAAUGCGAGAGGUUUACUCAGCUCACAGCCAUCCUUCUUCUGCUAACCUGCUGAACAGUGGAAGGUCACACAGGUGGAAGUCUCCGUGCAUGUUGAAACUCUGAGACACUUGAAUUCAAACGUCAGUCUCACAUUUAUGUUGUGAUUAUAGUGCUAAUGAUAAUCAAAAUGUGCUGAAAGAAAAGAAAGAGGAAAUCUUAUACACUGUGUCUAACCCAGGCGGCUUAAUCUUGUUUUAAUACAUGAUUAUUUAUUUUAAAUGCCACUAUGAUUAACCAAAGACUGGAUGCCUUAAUAUAUCAUACGCUGGUUUGAAUAUUUCCCUUGUUUGUACAUACACGGUUUGUAGAUAUCUGCAGAGUUCCAGGGUCAAUGUUAAACUCUAUUACAAAUGUGAUCUUUGUUUAUUUGUGUCCAUUGGAGUCACAACACAGAUUUACUAAAGCAGCCAAAUCAUAUUCCUUGCGCCACUGGUCUAUUUAGAGGCCCGGACGUAUUUUGUUAUAAUCUCAUAAGAGCCCAACUGUUUCCCCAGGCCAAUACCUAACAUGUGAAGUAGUUUUUUUUUUUUUUUUUUUCUUUUAUGAAGAGAAAUCUAUGCCGCUGUGAUUAAGGACAGAUUUCUGUCCUGCAGUGGCAGAAGCAGCAGCUGGUGCAUGUUGACUGUUGACAGCGACUCUGGGUCCUGGAGAUGAGAGGAGAAACCCCGAGAGAGUGAAGAGAUCCCUUUUUUUGUGGGCCCGUGUUUACCGAAACGUCAGUGCUAAUGAAAGGCUGCCCCCACCUACUGAGCUAUGUUUGCUCCAUUUCACCAUCACUUAGUUCGUGUGCAUGUAGUUUCCUCCGCUGUUUCUGUGUAGAGAAGGAAAGAUACAUUCUUUUAUGUUAUUUUGCACAAAGUACAUGGCUACCAGAUAAAUUGUUGCCAUGACGCUAUGUAUUCAUAAUCAGUGUUUGUGACGACCUUUGUUCACCUCAGUGGUCGCGCUGUGAGUAAGGAGUUCUAGGUUUGAUGUUUAUACAUCGUCCAGAAGAUAAGAUGUAGCGUUUGUUUAAAAAUAUAUGAAGGACAUUUCACAUUUAUUGGGUCACCUGCAUAUAAAUAUGUGUGAAGUAUCUGCUCUUGAAAUGUUUGAAUAUUAAGUAAAAGUAGCCGACUGGUUGUGCUACAGACUCUGACAACCGAAUCUGUGUUGGAGUUGUAUUUAAAUGUGACCAUCAAAGACCAGUUCCAGUUUGCCUUAUUUAUAGCUCGUGUUCAGCUGAACUAACGCCUGUUGAUGCCUUAAUACGUGUAAAACUAUCUGUAUUCUGUAUUAUUUCCCCGUAUUUCUGUUUAAGGCUCACCUUUUUCCUGUUUAUGCUUUGUCACACUUUAGUAAUUGUAUUUAAUUUCAGUACGUGUAUGGAGGGAAAAAGUUGUUACUGUAUGCCUACAGUUUAUUUCAUAUUUUUAUUAAUUUUGUUCCAUCAUUUUUUUUAAGUUCUUCUGUUAUCCAAAUAUGUAAGACACAUCUCCAAAAUAAAGUACCACUUGGACUUGA